UGAAGAUUUACACGUGAUUCAAAAAUGAAGUUGCUGUUAUUACUAGGCGCCUUUGUUCUCGUCAGGACAACGCCUGUUCCUAAAACUUGCACUGGAGUCAGAAUCACCAAUUCACCUGUGCUAUACGAACGGGAAGUCCUGAAAACUGGAGUAGACAGACCAUAUAUGCUUGUCGUAGAUUAUAGCUCAAAUAUUCUUUACUUUAGCUAUAGUACUGAAGGAGAAAAAGAUUCAUUUCAGGCAGCUAGCAUAGACCUUAAAGAUAAAGAAUUUAAAAAUAUUACCUGUGUACCUAAUGGAUUUGCUCAAGCCGUUGAUAGUACAAACAAUGAAGUAUAUAUAGGUGGUGACGGUAUAUAUAAAUAUGAUCCUAAAAAAGACACUGCAGAACUGUAUGCAGCUAAAGAUGCUAAUAUAUGGUUGUUAUAUUUCCAUGAUGACUUGUAUUACGCGGAGUACCCCUCACAAUUUCUCUAUGUAGUUCACAACAGUGGAGCUGUUAGAGCAAAGGAUUUAGAAGACACUAAAGUAGACAUGUUUGUAAUUGAUAAUGAUAAUGAUAUAUUUUACAGUAAUGACACUGGUAUAUACUGUCAGAAAAAAGGUACAAAAGAUGCUCAAUUGUACAAAGAGUUCGAUGAUGCAAGUGCAAGAGGUUUAACCACUGAUAAAAAUGGUAAAGUACAUGCUUGUAUGGUUGAUGGUAUUUAUGUUGUUAAUAAAGAUGCGAAGAGGUUUGAUAAAAUCGUAGAAAUUGAUGACGCUUUUGGUGUAGCGUUUGAUAGGAAUAAUAAUAUUGUAUAUAGCGACGCCAUUGGUGUAUACAUGUUAAAACCCAAUGAGAAUUUGACUUGCUAAUUGAAUUGUAAAGUUGAAUUAAAUUGAGAAGUUUCAAAGCGCUUACAUUCGAACUCAAAGGUCAAUAAACUGUAGAUAUGGGAAUGUGUUAAGAGAAAUAAAUCAUAUUAAAGUCACA